GCCUGCUGUUUUGUGUGUGAUAAAUAAAUAAUAUAUGCAACGUAAAUAAAACAAAACCAUGGCUGACUUUGGCAAAGCAAAAGUACUGCAAAACACGGGCAAAUUCGUGAGUGAAACGCGUGCCGAGGGCGACGAUUUCUUUAAUGAGGCCGGUUAUCGCCAGUCGCGUGAAAAUGACAAAAUCGACUCGAAAUAUGGAUUUGACCGUGUCAAGGAUAGCCAGGAGCGAACCGGCUACCUGAUCAACAUGCACACGAAUGAGAUUCUCGAUGAUGAUCGCCGCCUGGUUGCCGCUCUGGAUUUGUUCUUCAUUCAGAUGGAUGGUUCGCGUUUUAAAUGCACUGUGGCAUAUAAGCCGUAUUUGCUGAUACGUCCCGAGGCGAACAUGCAGCUGGAGGUGGCACGUUUCCUCGGCCGAAAAUAUUCGGGGCAGUUGGCCAGUUUGGAACACAUCAGCAAGGAAGAUCUCGAUUUGGCUAAUCAUUUGGCGGGGCUGCAGCAGCACUACCUUAAGCUCUCGUUCCUAAAUCAGACGGCCAUGACGAAGGUGCGUCGCGAACUAAUGGCUGCAGUGCGUCGCAACACGGAACGCGAGAAAUCCAAUACGUACUACAUGCAAAUGUUGGCCAAUUCCCUGGCCCAGUCCGCUGGCAGCGUUGAUGAUGGCGGCGGCAAGCGACAGCAGGAUUAUAUGGAUUGCAUUAUGGAUAUACGGGAGCACGAUGUGCCGUAUCAUGUGCGUGUCUCCAUCGAUUUGCGCAUCUUUUGUGGCCAGUGGUAUAAUAUACGUUGUCGCAGCGGCGACGAGCUGCCGCUCAUCACUUGUCGGCCGGAUAUAUUGGACAGACCGGAGCCGGUGGUGCUGGCCUUUGACAUAGAGACAACGAAGCUGCCGCUGAAAUUUCCCGAUGCCCAAACGGAUCAGAUUAUGAUGAUCUCGUAUAUGAUCGAUGGCCAAGGCUAUUUGAUAACGAAUCGUGAGAUUAUCUCAUCCAAUGUGGAUGACUUUGAGUAUACGCCGAAGCCGGAGUUUGAGGGCCACUUCAUCAUCUUCAACGAGGAGAACGAGAUGCAGUUGCUGCAGAGAUUCUUCGAUCAGAUCAUGGAGGUGCGUCCGCACAUUGUGGUCACGUACAACGGCGACUUUUUCGACUGGCCUUUUGUGGAGACGCGCGCGGCUGUCUACGAUCUGGAUAUGAAGCAGGAGAUUGGCUUCUCCAAGAUGCGCGACGGCGUCUACUUGAGUCGACCAGCGAUUCACAUGGACUGCCUCUGCUGGGUGAAGCGCGAUUCCUACUUGCCCGUUGGCUCGCAGGGCCUGAAAGCGGUGGCCAAGGCCAAGUUGCGCUACGAUCCCGUAGAACUCGAUCCGGAGGAUAUGUGUCGCAUGGCCGUGGAACAGCCGCAGGUGCUGUCCAAUUACUCCGUUUCCGAUGCGGUUGCCACCUAUUAUCUUUAUAUGAAAUAUGUGCAUCCAUUUAUAUUCGCUUUGAAUACCAUUAUCCCCAUGGAACCCGAUGAGAUAUUGCGCAAGGGAUCGGGCACACUGUGCGAAACGCUGCUCAUGGUUCAGGCGUAUCAUGCGAACAUUGUGUUCCCCAACAAGCAGCAAAGCGAGCUGAACAAGCUCUCCAACGAGGGCCACGUCCUCGACUCGGAGACCUAUGUGGGCGGUCACGUCGAGGCGUUGGAGUCGGGUGUCUUUCGUGCCGACAUCCCCUGUCGCUUUCGCCUCGAUCCGCAUAUGGUCAGCAAGUUGAUGGAGCAGGUGGACGCGGUGCUUAAGCAUGCUAUUGAGGUGGAGGAGGGCAUAGCCCUUGAGCUGGUCAGCAAUUUGGCUGAGGUGAAGCAGGAGAUUGUGCAGGCACUGCAGGGACUACACGACAUACCCAAUCGGCUGGAGCAGCCGGUCAUCUAUCACUUGGAUGUGGGUGCUAUGUACCCGAACAUCAUUCUCACGAAUCGCCUGCAACCGUCGGCAAUGGUCAGUGACAUGGAUUGUGCCGCCUGCGAUUUUAAUAAGCCCGGCGUGCGUUGCAAGCGUUCCAUGGAUUGGUUGUGGCGUGGCGAAAUGUUGCCCGCCUCGCGCAACGAAUUCCAGCGCAUACAGCAGCAGCUGGAAACGGAAAAGUUUCCAUCGCUCUUUCCCGGCGGACCGACGCGUGCCUUCCACGAGCUUUCCAAGGAGGAUCAGGCGGCGUACGAGAAGAAACGACUCUCCGACUACUGUCGCAAGGCAUACAAGAAGACAAAGAUCACCAAACUGGAGACACGCAACUCGACCAUCUGCCAAAAGGAGAACAGCUUCUAUGUGGACACAGUGCGCGCCUUUCGCGAUCGUCGCUACGAAUACAAGGGUCUGACCAAGACGGCCAAGGCAUCGGUUAAUGCUGCUAUCGCCUCGGGCGAUGCUGCUGAGAUAAAGGCGGCCAAGGGACGCGAGGUGCUCUACGAUUCGCUGCAGUUGGCGCACAAGUGCAUCCUCAACUCCUUUUACGGUUAUGUAAUGCGUCGCGGUGCCCGUUGGCAUUCCAUGCCAAUGGCGGGCAUUGUUUGCUUGACGGGGUCCAAUAUCAUCACCAAGGCUCGUGAGAUUAUCGAGCGUGUUGGUCGCCCUUUGGAGCUGGAUACGGAUGGUAUCUGGUGCAUCCUGCCAGGCUCAUUUCCGCAGGAGUUCACGGUGCACACAACGCACGCAAAGAAGCAGAAGAUUAACAUCUCGUAUCCGAAUGCGGUGCUCAACACAAUGGUCAAGGAUCACUUUACCAACGAUCAGUACCAUGAACUGCGCCAGCCGGGGGCGCCCGGACAGCCGCCCAGCUACGAUGUACGAGAUGAGAAUUCGAUAUUCUUCGAGGUGGACGGUCCGUAUCUGGCCAUGGUGCUGCCCGCAGCCAAGGAGGAGGGCAAGAAGCUCAAGAAACGCUAUGCGGUCUUCAAUUUCGAUGGCUCCCUGGCCGAGCUGAAGGGUUUUGAGGUGAAGCGACGUGGCGAACUGCAGCUGAUCAAGAAUUUUCAGAGCUCCGUUUUCGAGUCGUUUCUCGCUGGGAGUACGUUGGAGGAGUGCUACGCCUCUGUGGCCAAAGUGGCCGAUUAUUGGCUGGAUGUGCUGUAUAGCCGCGGCUCCAAUCUGCCCGAUUCGGAGCUCUUCGAGCUGAUCGCCGAGAAUAAGUCGAUGUCGAAGAAACUCGAAGAAUAUGGCGCCCAGAAGAGCACCUCCAUAUCGACGGCCAAGCGUCUGGCCGAGUUCUUGGGCGAGCAAAUGGUGAAGGAUGCCGGCCUGGCCUGCAAAUACAUCAUAUCCAAAAAACCGGAAGGCGCACCUGUGACGGAGCGUGCUGUGCCGCUGGCCAUCUUCCAGUCGGAGCCGAGUGUGCGGCGUCAUCACUUGCGACGCUGGCUGAAGGACAACACCAUGGGCGAUGCGGAUAUACGAGAUGUGCUCGACUGGAACUAUUAUAUUGAACGCUUGGGCGGCACCAUUCAAAAGAUUAUCACCAUACCGGCUGCGUUGCAGGGCUUGGCUAAUCCUGUGCCGCGGGUACGUCAUCCGGAUUGGCUGCACAAGAAGAUGCUAGAGAAGAACGAUGUGCUGAAGCAGCGACGCAUCAACGAGAUGUUCACCAGCAGGCCACGACCCAAACCCGCACUGGGCACCGAGGAUAAGCAAUUGGAAUUGGAAUUGGGCGACAUGGAGGAUUUGGCGGGCAAGCAGGACUCGGAAGCCAGCACCUCCGGCAGACCAAUGGUGACCAAGCGCAAACGUGUCCAACUCGAUGACGAUGAUAAUGAGAGCAAUGCAGCAGAGUCAUCACCACAGCCAAAGACCUGGCGCCAGGCGCUCGGUGCACCACCCGCCAUAGGCGAAACCCGGAAGACGAUCGUGGAAUGGGUGCGCUUCCAAAAGCGCAAAUGGGCCUGGCAACAGGAGAAGCGUCAAAAUUGCCGCCAACAAAGCAAACGUCAGCGUGGUGGCGAUGAUUCAGCAACGGGUGCCGCCUCGUCACAGGCAGCGACUAGGGCAACCACAGCCACGGCCACAUUGGGUGGCUUCCUGCGACGUGCACAACGUACGCUGCUGGAUCAGCCGUGGCAGAUACUGCAACUGGUGCCGGUUAACGAUUUGGGCCAAUUUACUGUGUGGGCGCUCAUCGGCGAGGAACUGCAUCGCAUCCGGCUGACAGUGCCACGGAUUUUCUAUGUGAAUCAACGCAGUGCGGCGCCACCCGAGGAGGGUCAGCUGUGGCGCAAGGUGAAUCGGGUGUUGCCGCGUUCACGGCCCGUUUUCAAUCUGUAUCGGUACAGUGUGCCCGAGCAGCUGUUCCGGGACAAUUGCCUGGGCAUGCUGGCGGAUUUGGCCACGCCCGACAUCGAGGGCAUCUACGAGACGCAAAUGACUCUGGAGUUUCGUGCCCUGAUGGACAUGGGCUGCAUUUGCGGGGUGCAGCGCGAGGAGGCGCGUCGUCUGGCGCUGUUGUCCACCCGCGAGCUGGAGAGCUUUAGCAUUGAGCAGCUGGAGCAGCGACCACAGACACACAUCCGAUAUCUGCAGCAGGCCGGCACAAAGCUGCGCAAAAUUUAUCUGUAUCAGCACAAUAUACCCACGGCCAAGAAGGAGAUGUGGGCACUAUUCCUGCUGCCCAGCAAGAAGGCAUUGGUCUUCGCCUUGGACACGGUGCGUGCUAAUCAAAUGCCCAACAUGAAGCAGCUCUACACAGCGGAGCGUUUGGCCCUGAUCAAGAGUCUGCAGCAGCAGGCACAGGCGGAGAAACUGCCUCCGGAAGAUUUCAGCUUUGAGCUGCUCAUCGAGGUGGAUGUGAAGCAGAUCUACAGGCACAUUCAACGUGCGCUGGCCGCGUACAGGCAGGAGCAGCCGGGACCCACCAUGCUCUGCCUGCAGACGGCAACCGAGGCCCGUAAGCUGAGCGCUGUGAUGCCCGUGCUGCUCGAAUUUCCGCAGGUCCAGAUCCACAUCUCGGACGAUGCCAGUCUGCUGUCGGGGCUCGACUGGCAGCGACAGGGUGCUCGGGCUGUGGUGCGUCAUUUCCUCAAUUUGAACAAUGUGCUGGAAUUAAUGUUGGAUCAAUGUCGUUAUUUCCAUGUGCCCAUUGGCAACAUGCCGCCAGAUACAGUUCUCUUUGGUGCGGAUCUCUUCUUUGCCCGCCUGCUGCAAAAGCACAAUUUUGUGCUCUGGUGGUCGGCUAGCACACGGCCCGAUUUGGGUGGACGCGAGGCAGACGACAGUCGUCUGCUCGCCGAGUUCGAGGAGAGCAUUACGGUCGUUCAGAAUCGUGCCGGUUUUUAUCCGGAUGUGUGCGUUGAACUGGCCCUGGACAGUCUGGCGGUGAGUGCACUGCUCCAAUCGAAUAAGAUCCAGGAAAUGGAGGGAGCCUCAUCGGCAAUAACGUUCGAUGUUAUGCCGCAGGCAUCGCUCGAGGAAAUGAUCGGAACUGUGCCGGCGGCGACAUUGCCCAGCUAUGAUGAGACUGCUCUCUGCUCGGCAGCGUUUCGCGUGAUGCGCUCCAUGGUGAAUGGCUGGCUUCGUGAGGUGUCCAUCAAUCAGAACAUCUUCUCCGAUUUCCAAAUCGUGCACUUCUAUCGCUGGGUCCGCUCCAGUAACGCCUUGCUCUACGAUCCGGCGUUGCGCAGAUCCCUCAACAAUCUGAUGCGCAAAAUGUUUCUGCGUAUCAUUGCCGAGUUCAAGCGUCUGGGCGCCACCAUUGUCUAUGCGGACUUCAAUCGGAUCAUACUCAGCUCGGGCAAGAAGUCGGUGUCGGAUGCGCUGGGCUAUGUCGAUUAUGUUGUGCAGAGUUUGCGCAACAAGGAAAUGUUCCAUUCCAUACAGCUGAGCUUUGAGCAGUGUUGGAAUUUUAUGCUCUGGCUGGAUCAGUCCAAUUUCUCCGGCAUUCGAGGCAGAUUGCCCAAGGGCAUUGAUGAGACAGUCACCUCAAUUGUGGCGGGCAACACAACGUUGCGUCAGAGUCAGGCGAGAAGUGAGCAGGUGGAUGACAGCGACGAUAAUGAUGAUGAUGAUGAUGUGCAAGCACUUGAAGCAGCCCUCGAUGAACAGCACGCGGACGAGGAGGAGGAGGAGGAGCUUGCCUUAGAGCUUAACUGGACCAUUGGUGAGCAGCUGCCGGAUGAGAACGAGUGUCGCGAGAAAUUCGAAUCACUGCUGACGCUCUUCAUGCAAUCGCUGGCGGAGCGCAAGAGCACCGAGCAGGCAAUAAAGGAUAUAUCGCAUUGUGCCUUCGACUUUGUGCUCAAGCUGCACAAGAACUAUGGCAAGGGCAAGCCCAGUCCGGGCUUGGAACUCAUACGAACCAUGGUCAAGGUGUUGAGCGUGGACAAGGGUUUGGCAGAGCAGAUCAAUGAGCUGCGUCGCAACAUGUUGCGCCUGGUGGGCGUGGGUGAGUUCUCCGAUCUGGCCGACUGGACAGAUCCGUGUGAUACGCACAUAAUCAACGAGGUCAUCUGCAAGGCGUGCAAUCAUUGUCGCGACCUGGAUCUCUGCAAGGACAAACAGCGCGCCCUGAAGGAUGGCAUUCCUGUUUGGCUAUGCGCUCAGUGCUAUGUAGCCUACGACAAUGAGGAGAUAGAGAUGCGCAUGAUUGAUGUGCUGCAGCGCAAAGUGAUGUCCUAUGUGCUCCAGGAUCUGCGCUGUGUGCGCUGCAACGAAAUCAAACGCGAAAAUCUCGCUGAGUUCUGCACCUGUGCUGGCAAUUUCGUGCCCCUAAUCAGUGGCAAAGAGAUUGAAACGCUCCUCAACACAUUUAAUAACGUUGCCAGCUACCAUAAGAUGCAGUUGCUCCAGCAAACGGUGCUGCAGGCACUAAAAACUCCCCGUUAAACAUGAGCCAGCGACAUUUAAGUAUUUUCUAAAUAUGGAUUGAAAUUUGUGUUGAUUAAACUCGUUUUACAUUUCAUUUCUACACUUUUAAUUUUCUGUAACUGACUCAUAAUAGUUGGUCACAUUUCGUAAUUUUUCAACCUUUACUCUAAAUUGUAUGGUUUAAGUGAGCUUUUAUAACGCAGCCAAUUUGGUUGUCUACACUUGGCUUCCGGCAGCUGGAGCUGCACCGAAAGAAAUUAUAAAAGUCGGCUGAUCCCAGCAAAACGCUUCCUUAAGUUUUUGAAAAGUGCUAGUUGAAGAAAAAAUCGUAGGUCUGCCAGAAUUCUUUUAUGGUCAAAAUAACGUGGCAACUGUAUCGAAAAUAAGACACUAUUUAGACAAAUCGAAAGCAAAAACAAAAAACUAUAGAAACCACACAAAUGUAUAAAAUAAGAACAACGGAGAACGUUGCAGUCAGGCGUAACCGACUGAGAAAUUCUUUGAUAACAUAACUAAUACCAGCUGAUAGCCGGAAGCAAGGAGCAGAGUGGGCGCAGCCAAAAAAUACCGAGAUGGUUCUUAGUAAUCUUCCUUUCAAUUUUGGUAUCUGUAACUCUUAAAUUGCAGGAGAUAUGGGCUUUUGAGAACUUUGGGCGUGGCAAAAAAGAUGUUG